AUGAAUAUGAUGAUGAAUGCAAUAUCACAAAUAUCGUCGCAGAUGUCACAACUGUCUUCUCAAAUAUCAUCGGAGUUGUCGUCGCAGAUAAAUGUGCNAAUAUCACAAAUAUCGUCGCAGAUGUCACAACUGUCUUCUCAAAUAUCAUCGGAGUUGUCGUCGCAGAUAAAUGUGCAGCAGGAUACCCGUAUAUCACAGGUCUUAUCCCAAUUAGAAGCACAGAAGACACAUGUGACGUCGCAACUGGAAACGCAGGAAAUAAAAAUAACGCAGUUACAGGAGAAGACGUUAGGCAUUGAGACUGAAGUAGAUGCCAUGAAAGCUCGCCUCUGUGAACUGCAACUGAAUCGCCCGAAUGUUUUAACUGGCGGUUCCAAAGUAAAAGCUCCAUCCUUCGAUGGCACUGUAUCCUUCUCAAUAUUUAAGCUCCAGUUCGAAACAACAGCAACAACAAACAACUGGGGUACUGCAGACAAAGUAGCUGCAUUGGUUGUCUCGCUUAAGGGUUCUGCAGCCGAAGUACUGCAGACAGUUCCAGAAAUCGACCGGGGUAACUAUGACGCUAUAAUGGCCGCAAUAGAGAGACGUUACGGCAGUGACCACAGGCAACAAAUGUUCCAGAUGGAAUUGAUGAAUCGCUUUCAGAAGAUAAAUGAGACACUGCAAGAGUACGCAACAGAGAUCGAGCGAUUGGCGCAUUUGGCAUAUGCGAAAGAAACGGCAGAUUUCAUAGAAAAGAUGAAGUGCCAGGCAUUCGUGAGAGGUAUACGAGAUCCGGAGACGAAACGGGCAGCAUACUCAACACCAAAGGGGACGUUUGCUGAAACAAUGUCUUUUGCGCUGGCACAGGAGACAGCAGCUCUUCUGAGCAAACCAGUACAUAAAGUUCAUCGGGUUGAUGUUGAAGAGCCCAACUCGCUGGAAGAAACCAUAAGGGACGUAAUACGAGAGUCCUUAUCCCAGAUGACACGUCGCAGCAGUUCGGAUAUUAAGUGCUACAACUGUGGCAAGAUUGGGCAUAUUGCGCGCAAUUGUAGUACACCACAUAGUCAAUCGAUGGCAAACUCGGGUGGAAGGAAGCGAAGCAGUGAAACCGACAAUACCGCUCCUGAAACUCAACAGCCGUUAAACUUAAACGAACCAGCUCUAAGGGGCGUGAGCUGGUUCUCACAACUGACUGCUCCACUGUCUCCGUCUCGCAAAUUGGACGGAAAAGCAAUAGUUUGUCGGUGA